AUGAGCGCUCAUACAACAGCAACAAAUAUCGGAUUACCUUCAGCACGAUUACCUGCUCAAUUGAUCAAUCGAACGGAUUUACGUAAUUCAUUAAGUGCUUAUGAAACACUGUUAACAGCAUCAAAAGCAUAUACACAAGCAUUGAUUGCUUUGGGUUCUGCAAGUUCAGAAUUAGCUGUUGCACUGGAAACUUGUAGUCGUUUAAAAGGUGGUCAUAAAGUUGGUUCAGGUUUAUUGGCCGCAAGUGGUGUUCAUCAUAUGGCAAGUAAUUCUUGGAGUAUUUUAGCAGAUACGUUUUGGAAAGAUACAAGUAUUCCACUUAUGGAACAUCAUGAUUUGUACGUUCAAGCAUGCACAGAAAGAACGAUUCAACAUGAAAAAGCAAUCACCCAAAAAUCUCGUCUUUUAAACGAAGCCGAAAGGAGAAAUCAAAAGGAAUCCAGAAGUAAGGUUGGAAGGGACUUGCAUAGCUUCAGAAGGGCUCUGCUGGAGCUUCAGAAGCACGUCGAUGAUUUGGACGAAGAGAAGGCACGUUAUUAUGCCGAUGUAUUGGAAGGCGAGGAAGAGUGUUGGACAUUCGUACAGGAAAAAGUCAUCACAUCUCUACGCAGUCAACUCGAUAUGUUUGAACGCAUUUCCAACAAAGGCAUGUCCGAUCCCGUAUUGGAACCGUUGCUUUCCAACAUUCCCGAUCCUUUCUCGGCAUACGGACCUCCCAGAAACGAUGAUCAAAUCUUUAGCAUUCUC